CUGAAUGGGACACAGUUUAACACUGUCCAUAUUCUAUAUUAUUUUUUUAAUGUAAAAAACACAUUUCAUAUGACGUAAUUUCUCAUAACCAGUGUUGACAUCUCUUUUUAUUGUUGUUCAUUUCUCAACACUUUAUUUUGAAAAGCAGAAGUUUUUACGCACUGUACUUUCUCAGCGCUAACGACGUCUCCACCGAUUAACUUGUAAAACGGGCGCACUCGAAAUGUAGGAGCGGCUGACUUGACCAAGCAAAAAGAAGAGACCGCUGGCAUGAACGCAGUUGGCUAGACCGCAGCAGCAAAACAGAGGUUUACCCGUAAGCGAAUGUCUGUCCAAUAUCCAACUUCAAACUAACUUCACCGCAGUCAAUACUUUCACUUCCUCAUUGCACUCUUCGAGACAAAGAGCAGGUAACAGUCUCAGAUGAGCCUAUAACGGGACUAACUAUGGUCUGAAGCAGCUGCCUUGUUCUAUGGAGUUUUUUUCUUUACAUCUCAAGUCAGUUUUUAGUCGGAUUUAACCGGGAAACAGCAUCAAAGAGAGGUUACUUCUCCACUUGGAGGAGCUGGGUGAAAGUAUGCAGGAUGGAAAACGACUUAAGCCGGCCUGCAGGUCUGUCAACAUCACAGCAGGCUCAAACUCAGAGAGAAGCAGGACACCAAACAAUCAGCGCCCAGUCUGGAGCUGUCGCUGUCGCACCUCAGUUAACAGAUGUUAAAGCAGAGAAUAUAAACAUCACUGUCAACAACACAUAUGGCCAGUCUCCCAGCACGACAGCCAACACUGAAGCCGUUUCUGACCAAACUGAAGCAAAAAUCCGAAGGUGCCGAGAUGCACUGAAAAGUUUCCUUGAAAAUCAAACGAAGGAUCUAUCUCAGGGAACAAAGGACGAAGGAUGUUCGACCCCUUUAAACAAGAUCUAUACAGAGCUUUACAUCACAGGAGGAGGCAGUGGGGAGGUUCAUAGUGAACAUGAAGUGAUCAAGUUAGAAUGCAAAAGGAGUCCGAGUGAGGAGAAGAACAUCCAGCUCUGUGACAUUUUUAAACCUUUAGCAGAAGAAGAAAGCCCUCCUCAGAGAGUUCUGACGAAGGGAAUCGCUGGCAUUGGAAAGUCGGUAGCUGUGCAGAAAUUCACUCAGGACUGGGCGACCGGAGAAGCCAAUCAAACUACUGACUUUGUAUUUCCAUUCACAUUCAGAGACUUGAAUUUAAUAAAAGAGGACUGUUCUCUUGUGUCGUUAAUAAGUUCCCAUUUCGAAGAAGUGGAUGAUUUGGAACCAUCAGACUACAACAGUUCAACUGUUUUGUUCAUCUUUGAUGGCCUCGAUGAAAGCAAAUUACCUCUGGAUUUCACAAACAAUGAGAUGUUCCGAGAUGUUUCAAAGCUGAAAACAUUAGACGUCCUGCUUACAAACUUAAUCUCAGGGAACCUGCUGCACAAAGCCUCGAUCUGGAUCACAAGUAGACCAGCUGCAGCCACUAAGAUUCCUCCUGAGUUCUUCAACAGAGUGACCGAGGUACGAGGCUUCAACGAUGACCAGAAGAAGGAGUACUUUCAGAAGAAAGUUACUGACAAAAACAUGUCUCAGAAGAUACUCAAUCAUCUUCAGUCAAAGCCACUGAGAAGUCUCUACAUCAUGUGCCACAUCCCAGUCUUCUGUUGGAUUUCAGCCUCGACUCUCCAGAAUCUCUUAACAGAAACUCACAAAGGUGAGUUGCCAAACACUCUGACUGAAAUGUACACACACUUCCUGAUCAUCCAGAUGGAGCUGAAACACCAGAAGGAUUAUGAGGAAGGUGAAUCGGACAAAGAAGUCAUCAUGAAAUUGGGAAAGCUGGCAUUUGAACAGCUACAGAAGGGCAACAUCAUCUUCAAGAAAGAAGACUUGAAACGGUGUGAGAUUGACUUGAAACAAGCUGCAGUUUUUUCAGGAGUUUGUACAGAGAUCCUCAGAAAAGAGUCUGGACUUCACAAACAAGAGAUUUACUCUUUCAUACAUUUAACUGUUCAUGAGUUUCUUGCAGCUCUGUAUGUCUUACAGACCUUCAUCGAUAGGGGAGAAAAUCUGCUCACCAACCUGACAAAGAAAACACAGUUUCCUCUUUUCCGCCGACAGACCUUCAGAUCCAGCAGAGUAAAUCUGCUCACCAACCUGACAAAGAAAACACAGUUUCGUCUCUUUCCCCUACAGAAGAGCGCAGUGGAUCUGGCUUUGGACAACAAUCUGGGACAAUGGGACUUGUUCCUGCGCUUCCUGCUCGGCCUGUCACAGGAUACAAGUCAGAAGCUUCUUCAGGAAGAAUUGGAAUUCAAAGGAAUUCUUCAACAGAGCAACAAGAAGACAAUCGACUACAUUCAAGAGAAGAUCAAGAAGCUGUCCAACCACGACAAGAGCAUCAAUCUGUUCCAUUGUUUGAAUGAGUUGGGUGACCGGUCUCUGGUCGAGCAAGUCCAACAGUAUCUGAGCUCAGAAGAUGCUAGUAAGCUGUUACCUGAACACUGGUCAGCUCUGGUCUUCCAGCUGCUCGUUUCCAAUGAUGACCUGGAUGUCUUUGACCUGAAGAAAUACCACAGAUCAGAUGAAGCUCUGGAGAGGCUGCUGCCAGUGCUCAAAGCAUCAAAGACAGCUUUGUUGAGUGACUGUAACCUCACAGACAGAUGUUGCAGAAAUAUUUCAUCAGUUCUCAGCUUGAAGUCUUCUGGUCUGGAGGAGUUAGACCUGAGCAGAAACAGACUGCAGGACUCUGGACUGAAGCAGCUCUCUGAAGGUCUAAAAAGUCCAGACUGCAAACUCCAAACACUCAGACUGGUUGACUGUGAGUUUACAGAGAGAGGCUUUGCUGCUCUGACUUCCAGUCUGAAGUCAAACCCCGCCCACCUGAGAGUCCUGGAUCUGUCAGAUAAUGACCUUAGAGACAGUGAUGUCAGAGACCUUUGUGAGUUCUUGGCAGAUCCACGUUGUCGACUGCAGACACUGAACCUGAAGUCCUGCUGGUUACCAGCAGAGAGCUGCCGGUCUUUGACCUCUGACCUCAGAGCCUCCUCUGCUCUCAAAGAGCUCGACCUGAGCCGGAACUACCUGGAGGACCAGGGGGUGGAGCUGCUUUCUGAUUGGCUGAAGAAACCCCAGUGUACACUGGAGAUACUGAGACUUGCUGGCUGUGAGUUUACAGAGAGAGGCUUUGCUGCUCUGACUUCCAGUCUGAAGUCAAACCCCGCCCACCUGAGAGUCCUGGAUCUGUCAAGAAAUAACUUCACAGACAGUGAUGUCAGAGACCUUUGUGAGUUCUUGGCAGAUCCACGUUGUCGACUGCAGACACUGAACCUGGACUCCUGCAGGUUACCAGCAGAGAGCUGCCGGUCUUUGACCUCUGACCUCAGAGCCUCCUCUGCUCUCAAAGAGCUCGACCUGAGAGUGAACUACCUGGAGGAGCAGGGGGUGGAGCUGCUUUCUGAUUGGCUGAAGGAACCCCAGUGUACACUGGAGAUACUGAGACUGGCUGACUGUGAGUUUACAAAGAGAGGCUUUGCUGCUCUGACUUCCAGUCUGAAGUCAAACCCCGCCCACCUGAGAGUCCUGGAUCUGUCAGAUAAUGACCUCAAAGGAAGUGAUGUCAGAGACCUUUGUGAGUUCUUGGCAAAUCCACGUUGUCGACUGCAGACACUGAACCUGAAGUCCUGCAGGUUACCAGCAGAGAGCUGGCGGUCUUUGACCUCUGACCUCAGAGCCUCCUCUGCUCUCAAAGAGCUCCACCUGAGCCAGAACCACCUGGAGGACCAGGGGGUGAAGCUGCUUUCUGAUUGGCUGAAGAAACUCCAGUGUACACUGGAGAUACUGAGACUUGCUGACUGUAAGUUUACAAAGAGAGGCUUUGCUGCUCUGACUUCCAGUCUGAAGUCAAACCCCGGCCACCUGAGAGUCCUGGAUCUGUCAGAUAAUGACCUCAAGGACAGUGAUGUCAGAGACCUUUGUGAGUUCUUGGCAGAUCCACGUUGUCGACUGCAGACACUGAAGUUGUCACACUGCACAAAGAGACACUGUGAGUAUCUGGCCUCGGCUCUGAGGUCAGACACUUCACAUCUCAGAGAGCUGGAGCUGAGCUGCAGUGAUCCAGGAGAAUCAGGUCUGAAGCUGCUGACAGACAUAAAGGAGGACAAACGUUACAGCCUGCAGACACUGGAAGUGUUAGAUGGGUUUAUUUGAACAUGAACGUUGACCAAAAAGAAACUAAUGGAUCAUUAUCCUACUUUAGCCUGAAACAAAUGAACUGAACUACAAAGUGUGUGUCACAGUGACCUCAGAUGCAUCCUGAUUCUUCUCUCCUUAAAGAAUCAGUGCUCAUCAGGAGGGGAGGUUCUAGUGAGGCAAUAAGGUUAUUAAACAUGAAAUAAUUAUUGUUUAUGACUACCUACAUUGACAGACACUUUUCAGAUGACAGGACAAUCAGCACCGGUUCCCCUCAAGGCUGCGUCCUUUCUCCUCUGCUCUACUUCCUGUUCAGGACUGUCCUCCCUUUAGAAGCGAGGUUGUUUCUACAAGCUCUCGUGCGCCCUCUCGCGGCCAUAGUAAUUAUGAAUGAAUGAAGUGGUUUUAGGCUGGUAGAUAUCCUGCUAGCAUAGCCAGUUCACUAUAACGGUGCGCUAUCUUUCUAGACGAGGAAUGUGCCAGUUGUCCACGGCAGAUGACAUCACCUAUUUACUCUCCUUUUGUCAUAAAUGCAGGCAUGUAUGACAUUAUGUUUAAUAUGUUCUUCUACAUGAAUUAAGUUUUUGUUCCAUGUUUGGAAGAACAGUCCACUGGAAAAUUAUUUUUUAUUUGACAAUAUAUUUUUUCGUAUUAUAAGAGGCAAAUUUCAGUUUAAAUCACUUUUUUUUCUAAAAGCCAAUAAACGAUCAAUGUAUUACUUUUUAGAUGCACUGUAUUUUUGUGUAAAAGAAAUAAAGAGACAGAGGAUUAUCAAUAAGACCGGGAAUACACCAGUUGUCCACGGCAGAUGACUUUACCUAUUUACUCUCCUUUUGUUAUAAAUACAUAUACCAACAAAUCCUGCUAUUACCAAGAGCUGAGCAGUGUAAAGUUGUAAAGAGUUCUCAUUUAACACAAGACACAACACAGAGGUCACAUAUGGAAAGUCAGAGGGGCAUACUAUAUUGUGUGUUUGAAACAUUUGAUUGGCGACAUACAGACAGAGACAGUAACACGCUCUCUUUGCAUGGCAGAGCACAGUCUGUGAGGGAUUGUGCAAUCUAAGGUGAUGCUCAGCUUGCUGCUGCCACAAAGUGCAUCUCUUCCCCGUAUUUGAACGGGAAAUGAUAAAAUUCAGUGAUUUUUAGUAAGAUAAAAAACAAUCAUAAUUGUUUAAGUUAAAUGGAAAAUUAGUUUUUAGUUCAAAACAUUUGAUAAAUAUAACCAUUUCAUUUAUUGGUUUAUUAUAUAUUUUAUUUUUCCCAUGCCUCUCCUGACAUAUCACUGCCUCUUUCCACUGUUGCUCCUCCUCUUACUGCAGCUCUGCUGUUUGGUUUCCUCCCUCUGAUUUAAACAGUUAUUGUGAAAUAGCAGAGUGCUCUAUGGAGCGAAGGAGGUGCUAAACCUAACAGGUAGGAGAAGGAAAGUUUUAGAAAAGGUGCAGCUUACCUUUUAUCGUUUGUGUUUAAAGUCUCAGAUGCCUCAGGUUUACAUCAACCAGAUGAGAGUUUAGUUUAUUGGACACAAUAACAGAGACUUCACAGGUAUGGCAUGAAAAUUAGAGCAUCAAGUAAUAAAACAUGUGUCUAUACAAAUUAACUUAAUUCCUUUUCAGAAAUAUAGAAUAUGUAACUCUGGUUAGCUAAAAUAUCAUGAUAACAAAGAAAAAACUGUUUAUACCUGUUUUCUGUCAUGUUGUAUGGGGCUGCAACAAUUAUUUUCAUUAUUAAACCAAUCUUUCAAUCAUUUCCAUGACUAUUCAAUUAACCACCUUGACAAUAAAAUGUAAG